CUGAGUAAUCCCUGGAAGUCGACUUUGGGCUGAACAGAGGGACAAGCUGAAAAGAAGUGGCAACAAUGGCUGUAGCGGGCUGUACGAAAUGCAUAAAAUAUAUGUUAUUCUUCUUUAAUUUUAUUUUUUGGCUGGCCGGAGGUGUGAUCUUAGGAGUGGCCCUGUGGUUACGCCAUGACAAUCAAACCAGCAACCUCCUCAUACUUCAGUUUGAAGGCCAGCAGGCGCCGAGCACCUUUUACAUCAGUGUCUACAUACUGAUUGCUGUCGGAGCUGUCAUGAUGCUUGUGGGAUUUCUUGGAUGUUAUGGUGCCAUUCAGGAAUCUCAAUGUCUGCUAGGGACAUUUUUCUUCUUCUUGGUGAUCCUGUUUGCCUGCGAGGUGGCCGCAGCAAUCUGGGGCUUCAUGAACAGAGACACUAUGUCCAAAGAACUAAUCAAUUUCUAUGACGCUGCAUACAUCAAGGCUGUGGAUGUCUCCGGGUCCCCGAGUAAAGAUGCUGCCAUCAGUGUGCUGGGCGCUUUCCACACUACGCUCAACUGCUGUGGGAAAGGUGACGACACACCUCUGUUCAUGCAAGUCGUUACCACCUUGUGUCCUCCAAGAAUACUUUCUUCCCCAAAACCCAAGAGCUGCCACAGUGAACUCGUCUCUCUGUUCUCCGAGAAGCUCUACCUCAUUGGCCUGGCUGCCUUGGUGGUUGCCGUCAUCAUGAUAUUUGAGAUGAUCUUCACCAUGGUGCUCUGCUGUGGGAUUCGUAACAGCCCGGGAGUUUACUAGGUGUUUAAAGACCAGGAGCAAAUCACACCAGCUGAUACCAGAAAGAUCUGUUUCUGUGCUGCUCAAAGCACAAAAUGUAUAUUUGAGUAUUUACUUUAGAUUAGAUUCUGUUUUUUAUAUUACUCCUUCAUCAUAACGUUCCUUUAGACAACUGACCUUUCAUCAUUUUCUUUUAUACUUUUAGUUUGUUAGAAAAUGUUUCUCUAGCAGUCAGUGAGCAUGUUCCUGGGUGUGUAAAUUGUAUAAAAACUUAUUUGCAGUAUUUGUGUGCGUGUGUGUGUGUGUGUGUGUGUGUGUGUGUGUGUGUGUGUUAACUGGUGUGUUAAUGGUUUGUUUAUCUUGCUGCAGGUGUCGGUGUUUUUUAAUCUGCAGUGUUUCUAGGAUCUGCGAGGAGGGUUUUAGUCGACUGUGUGUCUUUAUGUGUUUCUUCUUCUAACCUAAUGAACAAAAUGAUGCUCUCACAUUUAAUAGCUUGUGAAUCUCCCCACAUUAGAUAAAGACACAUUUUUAUAUGUUUUGCUGCAGCUGCAAUUUGUUCUAAGAAUACUAAUAAAUUAUACAAACUGCCCUUUA